UUUUCUCUCUGAUCCGUGGCAAAGGAGGGCACAAAUACAAUCCAAGCGCCAUGGAAUUCACGGCAGCAUUAAGGGGGCUGAGUAUGUCGCAUAUCAUGACAUCACUGUCGAACACCUCCAACUGUGAGGAAGAUGCCGGAUUUCCUCUUCUGGCCAACCUUCAACUCGCCGCUCCACCUUCCAGGACCAAUGAGGAUAUGGAGAGUGAAAUGUUACCUCAGCCCACCACUCCAUCCCCCGGGGACCACAAUCCAGCCACCCUCACUCUCCAGCCCAAAACACUGCCUACAGAGGGGACCACUGAGGAAAUGGUGGCGCAGGAUAUUGUGGAGGACCAGACCAUUGGUGACUGUAUCCUCGAAGAGGGGCUAUUUUAUGUUGCCGGCUGGUUGGUCAGGAUGCUGCAGAAGGAUCAAGCCAUCCAGGUCUGUCAUCACUGUGAAGUGCUGCUGCUGGGCUCCACACUGCAUGAUCACAGUUACGCGUCUCCACAGGAGCACCCAUUUCUGGAAGCCAAACGCUUCACUCCCAACGCGAAUUUGAUGAGGCCUUCAACCAGGUUCUUUAAUGCGGUGAGGGAUCUGGAGGAGGCAUUUGGAAGAAACAUCAAUACCUUCUGGCCAAAGAGUGGGGUACGACAGAACCUUGAGAAGACACUGGAGGGAACAGAGGCCUUCAAAGAGUUCCACAGAGACCACCCGGAACAUGCCCUUUUAAUCGAGGAAAUCUCGAUUAAAAAAUUUACAAUGUGUAGGCUGGGGGCAGAGAUCCGGAUAAGAAACAGGGGCCUCUCUGCCAUCAACGAGAAAAAGGUGGCAGAAAAAAAAGUAUCUACAUUUACAAGUUAAUUAAUACAGUAUAAAUAAAUGAAUGCAGGCUUGUUUUUGACUAGUCUGCAACAAACCAUAUCAACCUUUCUGUGUCUUUUCUCUUGAAGGUUUUUUUGU